AUUCUGUCUGAGGACGGCCCCCCAAAUGAGCUAAAUGAGAGCGGAGAGAACAGUAGACUGCUGGCAGGGUGAAGAAAGUGAGGGUGGAAGGAGGUUGGACGUUCAGAGGGGAACAUCGGCGGGGCAAUUCCUCAAACAGCAAAAUAAGGUGUUCCAGUGACCACUAUUACCUGCCAAUAUUUGAUCAUGAGGAGCUUUUUUCCAGCCGUGAUUGUUUUGCAUCUUCUCGGGAGCUGCUUUUGCCAAUUCCCUCGCCCCUGCGCCAACGCAGAGGGCCUACGGACCAAAGAGUGUUGCCCAGUGUGGGAGGGAGACGGCUCGGCGUGUGGUGCCCUGUCAGGCCGCGGUUUCUGCACAGAGGUGGUAGUGUCAGACGAACCCGACGGUCCGCAGUACCCUCACAGCGGGAUUGACGACAGGGAGCGCUGGCCUUUGGCCUUCUACAACCGAACCUGUCGCUGUGCGGGAAACUACGGUGGGUUUGAUUGUGGGGAGUGCAGGUUUGGCUACUGGGGAGCAAAUUGUGCAGAGUACAGGGAAUCGGUGCGGCGAAACAUCCUGACGCUGUCUGCUGCUGACCAGCAAAAGUUCAUCUCCUACCUCAACCUGGCUAAGAACACCAUCAGCCCUGACUAUGUCAUCGCCACGGCAACCAGAGCAGAGAUGGGCGAAAACGGCGAGAAUCCUAUGUUUGCUGACAUCAACUCCUACGAUCUGUUUGUCUGGAUGCACUACUACGUGUCAAGGGACGCCUUCCUGGGGGGGCCGGGGAACGUAUGGACGGACAUCGACUUCGCCCAUGAAUCCGCAGGCUUUCUGCCGUGGCAUCGUGUCUACCUGCUUCACUGGGAGAACGAGAUUAGGAAGUUGACAGGAGAUUUUAAUUUCACUAUCCCAUACUGGGACUGGAGGGAUGUCCAAACGUGUGAGGUGUGCACAGAUAGUUUGAUGGGCGGCCGCAGCCCCUUCAAUCCCAACCUCAUCAGCCCUGCGUCGGUCUUCUCAUCAUGGAAGGUGAUCUGCACUCAGCCUGAGGAAUAUAACAGACGUGAGGCAUUGUGCAACGCUACAGAGGAAGGUCCGCUUCUGCGUAACCCCGGCAACCACGAUACCAACCGAGUACAGAGACUCCCAACAUCGGCUGAUGUCGACUCCGCCGUGGGCCUCCGAGAGUACGAGACCGGAUCCAUGGACCGGUUUGCCAACAUGAGCUUCAGGAACGUUCUUGAGGGUUUCGCUAGUCCAGCCACAGGCAUGGCGGUUCAAGGUCAAAGCACCAUGCACAAUGCCUUGCAUGUCUUCAUGAAUGGCUCCAUGUCCUCUGUGCAAGGUUCCGCCAAUGACCCCAUAUUCCUCCUGCACCAUGCUUUCAUUGACAGCAUCUUUGAGCGUUGGCUCCGAACCCACCAGCCUUCACGGACCUUCUAUCCAUUUGCCAAUGCUCCCAUUGGCCAUAAUGAUGGCUACUACAUGGUUCCUUUCCUGCCGCUUUAUAGAAAUGGAGACAAUUUUCUGUCCACCAAGUCAAUGGGAUAUGAAUACGCCUAUCUGUUGGAUCCAGGCCAGCGGUUUGUUCAAGAAAUCUUGACACCUUACCUGCAGCAGGCCCAGGAGAUCUGGCAGUGGCUUCUGGGAGCCGGUAUCAUUGGGGCUUUCAUCACGGCAAUUAUUGCGGUUGCGGCUGUCCUAGCAAGAAGGAAGUGGAGAAGAAACCAGAGGAGGAAGAGGGCAUCUAUUUUUGGAGAGCAACAGCCACUUCUUCAGAGCAGCUCAGAGGAUGGUUCUGCUUCCUACCAGACUACUCUGUAACAUACUGGCUGGCCGCGCACACACAUACCAGUUUAGGUAACAACAACAUGACAGGUUUCCCGGAUUCUUUAGUUACAAGAUCAUAUUUGAUGACAAGGCAGUGCAUCCAAAUCACACAUUGCUUCUCGUAAAAAAAAAUCUCAAUUUUUACUAUUUUGUGCACACCAAACCAAAGAUUUAGUCCAUGAAGUGAAAUGUCCGUUAAUGUCCUGUAUGUAGGACAAAACAAAUCGUACUCAUAAUCUUAGAUGCUGUAAUUUGGUGAUUUGGGUGCACCAACAGUCCUGAAAAUUGUAAACAGCAAGCUGAAAUUUAUACAAGAAGAUAUCGAUCAUGUUACAAACAUUUAGCAGGAUGAACUGAGGAUGUGUGCGCACAUCUGCAUCUGCAAUAGACCUUCAUAAAAGCCUAUGUUGCAAUAAUAAUAAUACCAACACCUGUGA